GGGAGCUUGGAAAUGCCAAAUCCUUCCAGAUGUUGGGUAACAGGGUCCCGAGCGGGGUGAUUAAAAAAAAAAUUACCUGAUGUUUUGUUAUUGCAGCUACCAGGGAGCGGGUUUUUACUUCUUUCUCCCAGACCCUUUGUUCCAACUCAGGCACAAGAGCCUGAGCGGCAACAAUUGCAAUUCUUCUCCAGCCUCGGAUGGCUCCGUGGACUGCAUCUGUCCAGAUUUAGGACGUCCAGGCAGUAUGGAAAGCCCUCCUUGCUGGGAAAUGCGUGCGGAGGCUGCCGAAUUGCGUGCCCAGGUUACAGAUGAGGCUGAUUUAUGAGUGCUGGCAGCUUUGUGCGGCUCCCGCAUUGUUGCGCGCCAGGGAGGAAGCGGGCAGGGCGGUGUUCAGCGCCGCAGCAGCUACCGCUGCCUUAGAGACAAAAGAAAGCGCAUUUCCAGGAACAGAGAACACUCAGAGGAAAUGCUCAGCCCUGGCUUUAUUUGAAGAAUUUUCACUCGCCCUUUUUCCCCCUUUAAACUCGCUGUUAUGUCCUCCUCUGUGUCAGAUUUUGAUAUUGAAACGCUGUAGUGAAACCCGCAGUACCCCAUCGAUCUUCCCAGCCUGGGCCCAGCAUUUUGAGAGAUUGAAACUGUGGGACGGAGAUGGGAGGUGGAAUGGGACUUCUUUUUUUUUUUUUUUUUUUUGUAGAGAGAUCUUUAGUUGUGAAUGAAAGCCGAAGGAAGGAAAGGGGAGGUUCCAGUCAGGGGAGGAGAGUACAAAGCAGCACAUUUAGAAGAAAGGAGGCUGGGUAGACUCCUCUCACCCCUCCUCCUGGCUUUGUAUUUGCAACUUCCUCUGUCACCAUGUCCGACAAACCCGAUAUGGCUGAGAUAGAGAGAUUUGAUAAGUCGAAAUUGAAGAAGACAGAAACACAAAAAAACUCCCCACUGCCUUCAAAAGAAACGAUUGAACAGAAGAAGCAAGCAAGGGAAUCUUAAUGAGGCACGCGCCGCCAUAUGCACUGUACAUUCCACAAGCAUUGCCUUCUUAUUUUACUCCUUUUAGCUGUUUAACUUUGUAAGAUGCAAAGAGGUUGGAUCAGUUUAAGUGACUGUGCUGCCCCUUUUUACAU